CUAGUUGUAUAAAGAAAAAAGCAAUAUGAAUAAGCAGACGAUCCCUAUUUUCGUUGUUUCUUGUGUCGUCGUGUUGAUUCUGAAUUAAAAAGAAAAAGACAAAAAAAUGGCGAUUAAUAAUUACGCAAGCAGUCGGUAUUAUUGUAUGUCACCACUGCAUCAUCAUCAUCAUCAUCGGCGGUCGAUUCAUGUUCUCCGCAACUACGCUCCGCUCGUUUUGGUUCGUUCCCAUACUCAGAAACAUGAACCCUCUUCUUCUUCUGCUAUCGAUUUUCUCACUCUCUGCCACACUCUCAAGACCACAAAGAGGAAAGGAUGGGUUAAUCAUGGGAUAAAAGGAGCUGAAUCCAUAGCUGACCAUAUGUACCGUAUGGCUUUGAUGUCACUCAUUGCUUCUCAUGUUCCUGGAUUGAGUAGAGAAAGAUGUAUUAAAAUUGCUCUCGUCCAUGAUAUUGCAGAAGCUAUUGUUGGAGAUAUAACACCAUCUGAUGGUGUGCCUAAGGCUGUAAAGAGCCGAAUGGAGCAGGAAGCUUUAAACAAAAUGUGCCAAGUUCUUGGUGGAGGGAUGAGAGCUGACGAGAUCCAAGAACUGUGGUUGGAGUAUGAAAACAAUUCUUCUUUAGAGGCUAAUGUUGUUAAAGAUUUUGACAAGGUUGAAAUGAUUCUACAAGCACUGGAAUAUGAAUUGGAGCAUGGAAAAGUACUAGAUGAAUUUUUCAUUUCAACUGCAGGGAAGUUUCAAACUGAAAUAGGUAAAAGUUGGGCAGCCGAAAUCAUUUCAAGAAGAAAAUCUUUAUCAGCAAAAAAGUAAAGUUGAUAAAAUGCCUAAAAGUGGUGCCACAUUGCUCAUUCUGGUCGGUGAGAUUUUGAGAAUUAUCUUCUUCGCGCAUUUAAAUUUGACUUGUCCGUUUCAUUUUUUUUUUCUUCAACAUUGACUGUAAAUUAUUGUCAAAAUACUUGGGCAAAUAUUGAACUUAAUUGCAAUUUUUUCUCUGCUAGAGUUGAAAGUUGUGCAAUUGUUGGAUUUUAUAUAUAUCUAGGCAGUCAAUUUGAAUAGGCAUGGUUUUUAUAAUCAAA